AGUGGCUUUUCGCCGCUUCCGGGGCCCGGAGCCCGAGGCAGGAAGGCGGUGUCCCCAGAGACGCGGUGGGCCUGGUCGAGCCAGCCGCCCUCCCGGCGGUCCCUCCGUUGCCUCUCGCGGUGCUGCCAAGCCACGCUUUUCAUCUUAGGUUUGACCCGUGGGUUCCAGUUACAGUACUCUAAGACUGGUUUCUAAAGGUACGGUUUUCACCCCACUUCAUCAACGCACAUAAGUUUUCUCCUUUUUGGACCUCUAUUUUAUACCACAAUGCAACAAGCUUUAGAACUAGCUUUGGAUCGUGCGGAGUAUGUCAUUGAAAGUGCCCGACAGAGACCUCCUAAAAGGAAAUAUCUAUCUAGUGGAAGAAAAUCAAUAUUUCAAAAACUUUAUGAUUUAUAUAUUGAAGAAUGCGAAAAAGAGCCUGAGGUUAAGAAAUUAAGAAGAAAUGUGAACUUGUUAGAGAAGCUUGUUAUGCAGGAGACAUUGUCAUGUUUAGUGGUCAACCUAUACCCAGGAAAUGAGGGAUAUUCUCUGAUGCUCAGGGGAAAAAAUGGAUCAGAUUCUGAGACCAUUCGACUGCCUUAUGAAGAAGGGGAAUUACUUGAAUACUUGGAUGCAGAAGAAUUACCUCCUAUUUUGGUUGAUCUCCUAGAAAAAUCUCAGGUUAAUAUUUUUCACUGUGGAUGUGUCAUAGCAGAAAUACGUGACUACAGGCAGUCCAGUAACAUGAAAUCUCCUGGUUACCAAAGUAGGCACAUUCUCUUACGUCCAACAAUGCAGACUUUAAUCUGUGAUGUACAUUCAAUAACAAGUGAUAACCAUAAAUGGACCCAGGAAGACAAACUUCUGCUUGAGAGCCAACUGAUUCUAGCUACAGCUGAACCACUGUGUCUUGAUCCUUCUAUAGCUGUAACCUGCACUGCAAACAGGCUGCUCUAUAACAAGCAAAAGAUGAACACACGCCCAAUGAAACGGUGUUUCAAGAGAUAUUCCAGGUCCUCUCUGAAUCGGCAGCAGGAUCUGUCUCAUUGUCCACCUCCUCCUCAGCUAAAAUUACUUGAUUUCUUACAAAAAAGAAAGGAAAGAAAAGCAGGUCAGCAUUAUGACCUCAAAAUUUCUAAAGCAGGAAACUGUGUGGAUAUGUGGAAACGGAGUCCCUGUAAUUUGGCCAUACCUUCUGAAGUGGAUGUGGAAAAAUAUGCCAAAGUGGAAAAAUCUAUCAAAUCUGAUGACUCACAACCAACAAUCUGGCCAGCCCAUGAUGUAAAAGAUGACUAUAUAUUUGAAUGUGAAGCUGGUAAUCCAUAUCAGAAAACAAAGCUGACCAUUUUGCAGUCACUUGGUGAUCCACUUUACUAUGGUAAAAUACAGCCAUGUAAAGAAGACGAAGAGAGUGACAGUCAGAUGUCUCCAUCCCACUUCUCCACAGAUGAUCAUUCAAAUUGGUUCAUUAUUGGAUCAAAGACUGAUGCUGAGAGAGUAGUCAGUCAGUACCAGGAACUGGUCCAGAACGAAGCCAAGUGUCCAGUGAAGAUGUCGCAUAGCUCCAGUGGCUCAGCGAGCUUGAGUCAGCCUUCUCCAGGGAAGGAAACAGAACAGCCGGAGACCCUGUCAGUUCAGUCUUCAGUAUUGGGGAAGGGAGUAAAACAUCGACCUCCACCCAUCAAACUUCCCUCAAGCUCAGGAAAUAGUUCCUCAGGUAACUAUUUUACACCACAGCAGGUCAGCAGCUUUCUUAAAUCUCCAACUCCUCCUCCUGCUUCUAAGCCACCAAGUCUUUCUCGGAAGUCAUCCAUGGAUCUCAAUCAAGUUAGCAUGCUUUCUCCAGCUGCCCUGUCACCUGCCAGUUCAUCACAAAGAUCUGGAACUCCUAAGCCAUCUACUCCUACACCAACCCCUUCAUCGACCCCACACCCUCCUGAUGCUCAGAGCUCAACUCCUAUUACCCCUUCAGCUACCCCUACUCCCCAAGAUUCAGGCUUCACCCCUCAGCCCACUUUGUUAACUCAGUUUGCUCAGCAGCAAAGGUCUCUGAGCCAGGCAAUGCCUGUAACGACCAUUCCUCUUUCCACCAUGGUAACAUCUAUAACUACAGGAACCACGGCCACCCAAGUCAUGGCAAACUCUGCUGGACUUAACUUCAUCAAUGUAGUGGGCUCUGUUUGUGGAGCUCAAGCUUUGAUGAGUGGUUCAAACCCUAUGCUGGGCUGUAACACUGGUGCCAUAACUCCUGCAGGAAUAAACUUGAGUGGCCUUCUACCCUCAGGAGGUCUGCUACCAAAUGCAUUGCCCAGUGCAAUGCAGGCAGCUUCUCAAGCAGGUGUUCCAUUUGGUUUAAAAAAUACUUCAAGUCUCAGGCCCUUAAACCUACUCCAGCUUCCAGGUGGCUCGCUCAUUUUUAACACACUGCAGCAGCAGCAGCAGCUUUCUCAGUUUACACCACAGCAACCUCAGCAACCCACAACUUCUGUUCCUCAACAGCCAGGGGAGCAGGCUUCUGAACAAAGUUGUACCAGUCAAGAACAGGCCUUAUCUGCUCAGCACACGGCAGUUAUUAACCUUGCUGGAGUAGGAAGUUAUAUGCAGUCACAGGCAGCUGCAGUUGCGGUUCUUGCAGCAUCAAAUGGCUAUGGCGGCAGCAGCAGCAGCACAGACAGCUCAGCUACAUCGUCAUCGGCAUACAGGCAGCCAGUCAAAAAGUAAAAUGAAGAGAGGCACGCCAACCACUCCAAAAUUCUGAGGCUUGCAUUAUUUUUUUUUUAAAAAAACGUAAGAGCAUUGAAUCAAAAGGAUUCUGAGUUUCUACUUCGUUUUUGUUUUUUAACGUGUCAGUAUUUUACAUUGCUAGAUAUACAAACUUUAUACAGAAGCACAACCCUAUGAUUUUUAAAUAAAAACAGGGAAAUGGUUUAACGAACCAUUAGGGUGAGUUUGCCUAAGUCAUUGCUUUUUAAAAAUGGUUUCACUGUACAUAAUACAGAAGUGACCUAAGAAAUACUAGAAACAUCUUUCAGAAGAAUGUAGUUUGAUAUUUAUUUAGUAUAAAAGGUUUGUGCACAGUGUAACAAAUACAGUUUUUACAAAUCUGUUUUGAAAA